ACAUGUCGAUCCAAGCAGAGCUGACAGAACUGGAUCAAAUCAAGGCAGUCAUUUUGGACUGUCAUUUCAGCAAACUCUCCUCAGCCUGAUGACUGAUGGCACAAAAUGUGGAAGAACUGUGACAAGCCAACUGGAUCCAACCUUCCUCACAAAUAGUGAACGACAGAUCAUUGUCUCCGAGCCGCACAAGUAGCUGCUGUUACCUUCUCCAUAGAUGGGAGAUGAAAGCAGCCCCAUCAUGAGACUGUGGAGCUCGUAACCAGAUCCCAGAGGCAUCAUCAAACACUACCUCAGAGCAAUUCCCACGGAGCCUAUAAGGUUAGAGUGCAAAGAAGAUAGAGGAAUUAUUGAAGCCGUCACUAGUCUUGCCCAGGCCCAGGUCCUGGCCCAGGAUGAAGCUGACCGAAAGUCGACGAGAGGCGUUGGCAGCGCCGCCUGUCACACUCGCGGCCCCAGCUCCCAUUAGCAAUGCCACAGAGGCAGUGGCCAGCAAGGCGGGAGAAAAGGACAAUGGGUUCUCUAAGGUGAAGGAAAAGUUCAUGAACGAACUCAACAAAAUUCCACUGCCUCCUUGGGCCCUGAUAGCCAUUGCGAUUGUUGCUGUCCUUUUGAUUCUCACCUGCUGCUUCUGUGUCUGCAAAAAAUGCCUAUUGAAGAAAAAGAACAAGAAGAAGGGAAAAGAAAAGGGAGGGAAGAAUGCCAUGAACAUGAAAGAUGUGAAGGAUCAGGGGAAGUCAGCUAAAGACCAGCCUCUGAAGGAUGAUGAUGAAGAUGUAGAGACUGGCCUAACUGCAGAUGGGAAGGGAGAAGAGAAGGAAGAGGAGAAACUCGGGAAGCUUCAGUUUUCCUUGGAUUAUGACUUCCAGAACAACCAGCUAAUAGUGGGGAUUAUUCAAGCUGCUGAGCUUCCCGCUCUAGAUAUGGGAGGAACGUCCGAUCCUUACGUGAAGGUGUUCUUACUGCCCGACAAGAAGAAGAAAUAUGAAACGAAAGUUCACCGGAAGACACUGAAUCCAGUUUUCAACGAGUCCUUCAUCUUCAAGAUUCCAUACUCAGAACUAGGAGGAAAAACUCUGGUGAUGGCAGUUUACGACUUUGAUCGAUUCUCCAAGCAUGAUGUCAUUGGGGAGGCGAAAGUACCAAUGAAUACAGUGGACUUCGGCCAUGUGACCGAGGAGUGGAGGGACCUGCAAGGAGCUGAGAAAGAGGAGCAAGAGAAGCUGGGGGACAUCUGUUUCUCCCUUCGCUAUGUCCCAACUGCUGGAAAAUUGACAGUUGUCAUCCUGGAGGCAAAGAACCUGAAGAAAAUGGAUGUGGGAGGCUUAUCGGAUCCCUAUGUGAAGAUUCACCUGAUGCAGAAUGGCAAAAGGCUGAAGAAGAAGAAGACAACAAUUAAGAAGAACACCCUUAACCCAUACUACAACGAGUCAUUCAGCUUUGAAGUACCAUUUGAGCAAAUACAGAAAGUGCAGGUUGUUGUCACUGUCCUGGACUAUGACAAGAUUGGCAAGAACGACGCUAUUGGGAAAGUCUUUGUGGGUUAUAACAGCACUGCUGCAGAGCUUCGUCAUUGGUCAGACAUGCUGGCCAACCCAAGACGUCCCAUAGCCCAGUGGCACACCUUGCAGAAUGAGGAAGACGUGGACAUCGCUCUUGGCCUGAAAAAAUGAAAAGCCUUUCCGUGUUCCUCCCUUUAGUAUUCAUCAUCAGUGUGUGUAAAUACCUCGACCCUCAUCAAUCCAGCCCCUUCCACUUUGAACAUCUCAGAGUUGCUUCUCUCCUAACUCAUUCGGUUCCUUUUCCUCCCUCCCACUCCAUCAUUAAACGUAAAUCCGGUUUAAAACAAAAGUUCAUUUGGCACUUCAUCUCAUCUACCCUGUCCAAAACCAUCAUCCUUUUAAGCAAUAUGAUCUGUGUAGAUAGAGCAUGAUUGAAAUAAUGUAUCUCACAGUUGUAUAUAUACCGUAAAGCAGAAAAUGAUUUCUAGUCUGUGUGUUUGUAUGUUGUUAGCAUUUCUUAUUCUGUGUAUUGUUUUUAAUAAGAUGUUCUAUUUUAAAUUAUAUCAAUUGACUGAGAAAUACGAAAGUCAAUGUUAUAUAUUAUGGGUUACAUAUUUCUUCCGCAUUCCAGUGAUUUCCUUCUUGUGAAGCCUAUAGAGCAAGAGGGAGACACACCGUAGUAAAAAUAAGUGAGAGGGACACAAAAGCAAGCUGAAGUAGGUGGCCUGGUUCCGGCACUCUUUUGUGUACUAGGUGUACACUUUGGGAGGAGUUUUUAAAUGUUUUUCUUGUUCUAAUGUAGUCAAUGGCACUAUUAUAAAGCUAUCAGUCAUUCCAUAAAGGACUGUUUUGUGUAUCACUGUGACUGCCUGUGUGUUUAGAAAUGUAGGAUAUUCAGUGGAAUAGCAACAAGUUUACUCAGUAGUAAUUUUGAUUCAGAUGUGUGGGUUUACCUGUUUUAAUUUUGCCGGGAUAAUCAUUCCUUUCUGCUGCCCUGUCAAGUAGGCUGCAUAGCACAUCCAGUUCCACUCAAACUCUGCGGACCAAUCCAGGACUGAGAGGGCCAUGCAGGAGGGCGAGAUCUAAUUCCCAGGGGAUCAGCAGAAAUAGAUGAAAUCACACAGCAUCUUUUUCGAGCACUGUGCAAUGUAAACACAAAAACGUUGUGAAAUAGUCUCCUACCAAUGGGCCACGCCUUUAAAAUAAGAGCGAGCAGCAUAUUGAAAGCUUUAGUUAUUACUGUUAGUAUUCACUUAGCUCAGGAUUUUAACAAAGUCGCGCAAUGAGCACACUGCGUAAGAAACUGCCACUGAGAUGGUAUUGUGCGGGUUUAAUUUACAACAUGAUGUCACAACAAUAGUUAUAUAUAUAUAUAUAUAUAUAUAGAUAGAUAUUAUAUAUAUAUAUAAAAUAAAAAGACACUGCCAAAUAAAGAAUUCCGAUUCUUUCUGAUAGUCGCAACUUAAGUACAGCCAUAGCCAGAAGGUGCCCCUUCCCUUUCUACUCACUCAGUCAAGACUAUCUAAACCUGCUGUGAGACAAAACACCAUAGAUAAAUGCUAAUCUUUAUGAUAGUGAAGUGUAAAAAGCAUUAGCAUCAGAUGCUGUAGAAUGAUACUAGUUGCCUUUGUGUAUGAUUAUGUACAUUACUUGCCUGCUUGAGUAUUUUAAGCGUGACCUUCCUAUGUGUGUCAUGGAUGUAUUGCGGUGUUCCUGCUGCCAUGUUGCUCGUGAGGUUGCGAGACCUGUGAACCUUCAUAUUUGGCAAGGUGUUUUUUUCUCAGAUUUGAGUUCACUGUGUGUAGUGAAUGACAUUGUGAAGUUCCUGAUGUUUAUAUGACUUGAUAUUACACUAGUGUUCAAUAAACCGUUUCAUUUCCAGUUGAUGUUUUAAAUGAUUAUAAAAUUUUGUGUGUUACUUACUGUUUGUUUAUAAAAAAAAUUAAAAGUUGAUUACAGAUUUAAA